AUGAUAUCUUCAUCUUGUUUUUCUCUGUCAACCAGAAGAAACCUGUUGAACAUCUCAAUUCUAACCAUAAUCGCAUCACCAAUUUCUCCCUUUUUAUCUUCCACAUCCACAUGGGCUCAAACGCAAGAGUCCUUAGAGCUCGAAAGCUACACAGAUACGAACGAGGGGUUCACACUCCUCAGACCCACACCUUGGACAAAGGUUGAAAAAGCAGGUGCGACUGCAUUGUUUGAAGAUCCAAGUAAAGGAGGAAACAAUAUUGGGGUUGUUGUAACACCAGUUCGUCUCACCACUCUUCGUGACUUUGGAGAUCCUCAAUUCGUUGCUAAUAAGCUUAUUCAAGCUGAGAAACGAAAGGAAAGCACAAAAGAUGUAGAAAUAAUAUCAUCAUCAGAGAGAGGGGGACAAAAGGGUGAUGAUGUACAAGUGUAUGAAUUUGAAUACAAGCUAGAUAGCACAAGGGGAGGGGUAAAAAGGGUAUUUUCAGCAGCAUUUGUGGCCUCCAAGAAGCUCUACCUUUUAAAUAUUGCUUACUCAGAUAACCCUGAAAAACCCCCUUGAUGACCACACACGAAUGAUUUUGGAACAAGUUCUUCAUUCCUUUCAUGUCAUUUCAUCACCUUUGGUCAACAGUCAAGUUUGACUUUGACUGAGUCCAAGUUUUUGUUGUGUCAAGUGUUUUAGAAUAAUAUAUAUAUGAUGUGGGCAUUGAUUUGUUUGAAUAUUUUGAUUUGAAUAUAGAGGAAUUGAAGUCUCAAAUGUUUGGUUGUUAGAAAACAAAAUGGAAUUCCAUUUCUUUGUUUGGAAAGUUGGAAACAGUAAGUGUAAUAAUAUUAGGAGUAUUUUUUUUAUUUAUAGAAUGUUUUAGAAAGGAAACAAAUGGAAUUUGAAGGAAAGAAAAUGGAAUUUUAUUUGUAAUUGU